AUGCAUGCUAGGUGGGUAGCUUAUAUACAGCGCUUCCAUUUCACAUUGAAGCAUAAGUCUGGCAUCACUAAUAAGGUGGCUGAUGCACACAACAAGCGAGCAUCUUUGUUGACCACCCUAUGUAUUGAAGUUGUAGGGUUUGAUUGGCUCAAGGAGUUGUAUGAGAAUGAUAAGGAUUUUGGUGAUAUUUGGGGUAAUCAAUUAUGCAUCCCUAAAAGUUUAUUGAGGGAGCAGAUUAUUAAGGAGCUACAUGGUGGAGAUUUAGGUGGACAUAUGGGCGGAGAUAAGGCUAUAGCACUAGUAAAGGAGAGGUUUAUUGGCCACAAAUCAAGAGGGAUGUUGGCAAUCAUGUACUCAAAGAUAUCCCAUUUCAUAGCAUGCAAGAAAGCUUCAGAUGCUACUCGAGUGGCCAAUCUGUUCUUUGAAGAAAUUAUGCGUUUGCAUGGAGUGCCAAAGUCCAUUACCUCUGAUUGGGAUAACAAGUUCAUUAGUCACUUUUGGCGAACUUUAUGGAAGCAUUUUUACACUUCCUUGAAUUACAAUAGCACUAGUCAUCCUCAGACUGAUGGUCAGACAGAAGUGGUUAAUCGCACUUUGGGGAAUUUGAUCCAGUGUAUCUCAAGCAAGAAGCCCAAGUAG